CAAAGCAUUCACUUCCCCAAGAGGGUGUUUAACCAGUCAUUGCAGUGUCUUCUGUGUUAUCAAACCUGAAUCUCUGGGGUCAUUCGCAUGGGCUUGGAAGUAUUUACCAGUCCGUGUGGUUGUAAAACUAUGCAGUGUUACCAUGGCAUCCCAACAACACAAGCAAACUCUGCUUGUGACAUCUCCGGAUUGCUGGAUCCUGCUGUGACUUAACCUGACUUGAAACUGGAUUUAAACGGGGAAUGUUCACUUCGCAGGAUGGGUUGUAAUAAGUGCAAGGGAUCUAAGCUGAGCUGUCGCUAAGCUGCAACGCUGGGAGCCAGGGAGCAUAUAGCAGCAAGGUAAAUGAGGCUUUCCUGCCUCUCUCCUGCAUUGGCUGGGUUGCUCAUGGUACAGAAAAGAACCUUGAAUGGAAGACCGACUCAUCCUUACCUAAAAUCAGUGGUGCUGCAUGGUGGUAAUAAAGAUUAGAAAAUGGCUUUUCAUUGAUCUGGCCCUUCGUAGUGCAGACCAGGGUGAAGUUCAGUUGUCUUACUGCUGAACUGGUGUUUCUGCCGAGGCUGCUAAGAACAGCUUUGUCUUUAUGAUAGUUUAUCUGACAGCUCGCUGGAUUGCUUUAUGGUUUGUAUGUAGUGUUGUGCAAAACAUCCCUGUCUGCUGAUACAAAGGGAGCUGAGGCUGGAAUGCAACCUGAUAAGAUCCAGAAGCUGGGGCUUACUUUGGUGGGAGUUAUUCUUGCCUGACUGUAGGACUCUAAAUCACACUUUCAGAUUCAACCCCUGUCUGCUCAGGACACCCCAGAACUGUUGCAAGAGCAGCCUGCUUUUUUCUCUGGGGACUCGGAAGGACCUGGAGCUACGUAAAGCAGCGGGAGGCUUCUGCCUUGUUGCAAGCUAUGUACAAUGAAAUGAACCCUUGCCCGUCUGCAUCAGCCAUCAGGCCGAGUAUAGCUGGGUGUACGUAACACGCGAGUUUGCUUUACGCUUAAUGGAUUUAUUUUUUUUUGCUGGUGGAAGCUGAGGCAGCUUGCUGGGCAGGGAGGAAUCUUGCCUCGUAUGUCUCUGGCUUAAUCUCCCCCUUUCCCUCCAAAAAGAGAAUUUCCUUGUAGUAGCUGGUAUCUCCAGCCACCUUGUAUUCUUCCUGCAAAGAAUGAAGUACAUAUUUUGAAUAGGCUGUGGCCAGAAUAUGUAGCCGGUGCUGUCUUGCCGUCCUGAUACGGGGAAGAGCUGAAGGGUGACACGCUCAGGCCAGAGUUGGAAAGAUCAUGGAGGAUUUACGACCUGAUAGGAAAAAGAUCUGUCCCUUCAAGGGUAUUUGAAAAUGCAGAAAGCUCAUAAAACUAAUUUUUGUCUCUGCAUCUUCUGCAUGGGAGCCCAGAAAUUUAAGCAGAAACCUGUCCUGUCUCCUCCUGAGCGUGGACUGGCACGUUGGGUAUUUCCACAUGCAGGGCGCAGCCUGCCUAAACCAUCUUUAUUUUAGUGCUAACAGGAGAGAGGAGGCAAACCCGUGGUGUCCAGGGCUAGCUGCGGCACCUCUCAUCUGCCGCCCUCAUUCCCCUGCGUGGCACAGACUCACUGGGUGCUGCUGGCAGGGUACAGUGUGUGUGUGUCCAAGGCUGCAGCUGGUUUUGGUUUAUAUUAAACUAGGCUGGACCUGGCGCUAAGCUGAGGCCCCUUAUCUCCUUUCUGCUGUUGCACAGGGGAGCUACCUGCUCUGCAACAGAGUUUAAAAUCAAUGCAUAUUUCCCCUCUUCUCAAUCCAAGAUCUAUUUAGGCAAGCGGGAAGGAAUGGAGAAGCCUUGAGGAAACAGGGAUCGGACCUGUCCUAACCCCUCUGCGAGGGGGACCAGAAGAGCCUGUGGGUCGCUCCCUCGGCUGCACAUGUGGCAGAGGCAAAGGGAGGUGCAGAACAAAGCUAGGUCUGAGUGUGGGGACACGGCGCCAGGUGUGUCCUGUCCCUUCCCUGGCCCUUCCCUUCUCGCCUGCAGGUUGACGGAGGGUGGGAAGGCAGCCAGGCACACCCAGCUCUCCAAGGCAGUAAAAUGAUCCCUCUUUUGCCCUUGGGCAAGCCCAGCUUUUCUAACGGAUAAAAGGAGAAGCAGUCAGGAGAACUCGCUCACUUUCCUGGUCUCCAGCACAGCUUCCCUGAGCUUGUGAAGGGUGGGGGAUACUGAAAACACUCUCGGAGCAGUCAUGUCCCGGUCUGUGAGUUUCAGCUCUCGCUCUGUGGCCGUCCCAGGGAUCAGCCAAGUGCGGGUCAGCACCGUCUCCUCGACCCGUGGACUAGGAGGGGGUGCUGGCUUAGGCAGGGCAGGUGGCUUCGGCAGCUCCAGCCUCUACAACUUCGGCUCCACCAACAAGCGGAUCUCCCUUGGAGGUGGCAGCUCCUACAGCAUUCGCUCUGGAUACGGCUAUGGAGGCAUGGGAUACAGUGGGGCGCUCAGCCCUGGGGGUAUUCAGGAGGUCACCAUCAACCAGAACCUCCUGACGCCCCUGAAUCUGGAGAUUGACCCCAAUAUCCACCGGGUGCGCAAGGAGGAGAAGGAGCAAAUCAAGACGCUCAACAACAGAUUCGCCUCCUUCAUUGACAAGGUGCGAUUCCUGGAGCAGCAAAACAAAAUGCUGGAGACCAAAUGGAGCCUCCUCCAGGACCAGAAGACCGCCCGGAGUAACAUUGCUCCCAUGUUUGAGGCAUACAUCAACAACCUGCGACAUCAGCUGGAUGGGUUGUUGAAUGACAAAGGGCGUUUGGAGGGCGAACUGAAGAACAUGCAGGAUCUUGUCGAGGAUUUCAAGACCAAAUACGAAGAUGAAAUCAACAAGCGCACGGCAGCAGAGAACGAGUUUGUGGUGCUCAAGAAGGAUGUGGAUGCCGCCUACAUGAACAAAGUGGAGCUGGAGGCCAAGGUGGAUGCGCUGACAGAUGAGAUUAACUUCCUGAGGUCUCUCUAUGAAGCGGAACUUCAGGAGCUGCAGGCCCAGAUCUCUGACACGUCUGUGGUGCUGUCUAUGGAUAACAACCGAAACCUGGACCUGGACAGCAUCAUCGCAGAGGUCAAAGCGCAGUAUGAGGAGAUCGCCAACAGGAGCCGGGCAGAGGCCGAGUCCUGGUACCAGAGCAAGUAUGAGGCACUGCAGGUCACUGCUGGGAAACAUGGAGAUGACCUGCGUAAUACGAAGAAUGAGAUCUCGGAGAUAAACCGCAUGAUCCAGAGGCUGCAGAGUGAAAUUGAAAAUGCAAAGGCCCAGCGUGCCAAGCUGGAGGCAGCUAUUGCCGAAGCCGAGGAACGUGGCGAGUUGGCUGUCAAAGAUGCCAAGGCAAAGCUGGAGGACCUGGAGGCCGCCCUGCAGAAGGCGAAGCAGGACAUGGCCCGGCAGCUCCGCGAGUACCAGGAGCUCAUGAACGUCAAGCUGGCCCUGGACAUUGAGAUCGCGACCUACAGGAAGCUGCUGGAGGGAGAGGAGAGCAGGUUGGCUGGUGAUGGAAUUGGCAACGUCAACAUCUCCGUGGUCAGCUCCAGCGGUGGAGGUAGCUAUGCCGGUUCCAGUGGAUUUCUGGGAGGAGGAAUCGGAGGAGGCCUUAGCAGUGGGGCGCUCGGCUUCUCCUCUGGGGGUGGCUCCAAGUCCUACACCAUCACCACAACCUCGUCCAGCAGGAGAAGCAUCAGGAAGUAACUACAGGAACGGAGAUCAGCGGUACCCACUGCACGGGAGGAGGGAAACGAUAGAAAGAAAAGUUUUGUUGCCUUUUAUAGGACAAAUUGGCUGCAAAAUUUCUGCAGUGAUGAAUGAAUUGGAAUAAGACAGACCAGAGUACCUGACCCUGCCACAUCACGCCUAAGGCUUGAUCCUGCACUGUUGAACUUAGUGGGAACCAUUCCACUGAGAGCAGGUUCAAGCCUGUAGGGUGAAAUUUAUCCAGGGAAGCAGGCGGUGUAUCACUUUUGUUACUUGUGUGCCUGGUACCCCCUGCUCAGGGCUGGAUUUCACCCUUUGAAGGGCAAAGCAAUCAUUUGAGUGGCAAGCUAUUCCACAUUUCUGCUGUGGUUUUGCAAAAGAGACCACAAGGUUAUCUCCCUCUUAGUAUGAUUUGGAAGACUUUAUUCCCUUAGACACCUCAGAAAAUUCCAGCCUGGGUUUGUUUUCUUAAAGUAUACCAAGAAGAGAACAGUGAAACUGUUUUCGGUUUCUCCUUAUUUUCUUUGGAAGUGGGCUCAGAAAUGGAAUUCAACAAUGCUCUGAAUGAAGCUGAUCUCUUACCAAAGGCUUCUUUAUAGCAAAGUAACUCAUAAACAAGGUCCCCCACCCAUUCCCUCUCCUUAAAAGAAGCCCAAAGCUUAAGGGAUAUGAAGUUGUUUAAAAUUCUAAGUAGCACACUAAAAUGGGAGAUAACAUUCCCCAUCCCUGGGUGUCUCUGUUUACCACCCUGUAUUUCAAAGCAUAUCUAGUGAUAUCUGGUGUCUUUACUACAGCUAGGGAAAAAGUGUCUUUUGUUGAUGCAUCAUUACAAUAACUACUUGUUCCUGCCAAAAUGUGUCUUCAACUUAAACAUGCCAGGGAAAAAUAGGUCGUUACUGCAGUAGGAAGAAUUGUUAGAUAAAUAACUCAAAGAAACUGCACAGAAUUGUUGUCUUGCAUGCUCAGCCAUGUCCUAGCACUGUAUCUUUGGUUGACAUUUUAUGCCUUUGUGGUCUGAGACCUUGUGGUGAGGCCAUUAAUAAAGUUUCCCUAUUGCAUGCUU